UCAUCACCAAAAAUAGCAUCAGUAAUAUCAUGAAUCAGUAGAUGUGAAAGAACUGCAUCAAUACUUGAGUUGUUAUAUGCUUUGGUAGCUUACAUCUAAAUAAAUUCCUCCAUCCGAGUCAUUAAGGACGUUGGUGUGUCCAUUACCACGGCAACCAAUGAUGCCAUCCGGGUGGAGCAUCCCACUUGUCAGGACAUGAACUUCGUCUCUGGCACGAUUUUAACCGACGGGAAGGACUCGCAAGACGCAGAUUCAACGGCAAACAUCUGCGUUUAUACCUCGCUGGGCCUGAUUGCCCGAGCUCCUUGCGGCGCUGGAGUCGUUGCCCGGGUCGCCCUCCAAGUGAAAAAAGGGCUGACUGAUCUCAACCAACCUAGGACCUUCAAGAGCCGUUAUGGCUCUUCCUUCGUUGGGAAGGCCGUGGAGAAAACCAACGUGGGAGAAAGAGAAGCUGUUAGAGUCGAAGUUUCUGGACAGGGUCAUUACAUUGGACGGAACACGUUCUUUAGUGAGGAGAACGAUGAAAUAGGGAAAGGUUUCGAAGCAAUUUAAGGAAAGAGUUAAGUCUCUGUCCACGCCAGUGAGUAAAUUCUUUGGAAGCUGUGGGGGGUAGGUGGGAUAGCAGUACAUUGAGUUGUAUUUCACAAAUUUAAGGGCACCACAAAUUCUAGAAUUUUUUUCUUAAAAGCGGGAGGGGUGCUUAAAACUUUUACUCAAAGAGCAGUGGCAUAUUGUAAAGACCGCUGAAAUGAUUUAUACUAUUUUUAAAUUUGAACAUGUAUAUAAAAAAAAAUAUUCAUUUUAUAUGAAAAUAAAUACACUCUUAAAAUAGUUUGGCAAACAAUGCUAAAUUCUAACCAACCCUGGGAAACAUACUGUCCACACAACUACAACUAUUGGCUAAAAUAUGCCCAAAUUAGGUAAUAAAAACAAAAAAAGGAUAAUAAUUGCCCAGAAUAUAUUUAUCUUUUAGCAACAUGCAUUGCCCAACACAAUGGACAGUAUGUUGGCCAACGUAAGUGUUUUAAUUGUGUACAAACAAACGAACAUCUGUAUGUUAUGACAGCAAAAGCCUUUCACCAACUAUGUUACUCGAAUGUUGCUUUGUUAUGAAUAAAUUAAUACCGAAUAUGUAA